CCCCGGCUCCCUAAUCCUCUCUUUCCGUCGACUCGCUUCCGUUACUUCGCUGUAUCUAUUCCAUUUGUUUCAGAUCCUUUCACCGGUCGUUCCUUCGCUCGUUGAACCUGGACACGAGUCCCCUAAUCCUCGUACCAACAUACCCUAGACGGGCCACUUGGCGAUCAGCCCGCGAUUGACGGCAUUGAUUCGCGAUAUCCCUGAAACCCACCACUUCGUACCCACCAUGGCGAACCGCCAGAUCACUCGGCGCAUUCUCAUCAGCGCCGCCAUCUCCAUUUUCCUGCUAUUCGUUUUCUUUAUCCGACCUGAAGGACCCCCUAGUCCCGCGAUCCGUGCCCCCGGUCACCUGGAGAAGUCUGCGCAGGCCGUGGUCUCUAAAGAUGAUCUCACCAAGGGGGAGAUUGUAAUGCCCCGGCUGGGGAAUGCAACCGCAAAAGCGGAAUUAGGUCGUGCAACGUGGAAGUACUUCCACACCAUGCUUGCCCGGUACCCCGAAGACCCGACGGAGGAGCAGCAGGAAACUCUUCGCUCCUUCAUCUACCUUUUCGCGCGACUUUACCCUUGUGGAGAGUGCGCCUCUCACUUCCAGGGCCAUCUGAAAUCGUACCCGCCGCAGGUUUCGUCACGCAACGCAGCUGCAGGAUGGGGCUGCUUCAUUCACAACGAGGUUAACACCAUGCUUGAUAAGCCUAUUUUCGACUGUAAUAACAUUGGUGACUUUUACGACUGCGGUUGUGCCGAGGAUGAGGAAGGCGAAGACGGCGAAACCACCAAGGGCAAGAAGGGUCAGACGACUCGGGAUGAGAUUGAUAGCGAUGAUGCAAUCUCUCCCGUCGAGAUAUCCAGGGAACCCACCACGCGGGGUUAACAGAACCAUCGAGCUUCAGGUUCCCAUGCACCAGUUGCAUUGGUCCAGUACAUUCGUCCCCGUACUUUUGCUUUAUACUUCACCAGCGCAGGAUCGCUGAGUGCAUG